AUAAACAACAGUGUGGGUUACCUGUGUUGACACAAACCGAGCUGUACUUUGAGCUGACACGACAAAAGCGCAGUCCCUGCAGUGCAGGUCAAAAAUCGCUGAGAAAGAUUACUGCGAAGUCGCCAUGGCCAGCUCCUCAGAUACAAAAUCUCUCGGAGACCGUUUGAAAAACAAAGUUGUUGUCCUGAGCGCUGCGGCCCAGGGAAUCGGUAAAGCUACGGCUUUGGCUUGUGCAAGAGAAGGCGCGAAAGUCAUCGCUACUGACAUAAACGCGGAAAAGCUCAAAGAACUUCACUCCGUCCCUGGCAUAGAAACACGAGUUGUAGACGUAACCGAUUACGAAGCCAUUAAGAAGUUCGCCUCCGAGGUUGAUCGAGUGGAUGUUUUGUUUAACUGUGCUGGGCUAGUUCUCGGGGGAAAUAUAGAGGAAUGUUCAGAGAAGCAAUGGGAUUUGACGAUGGACCUCAACGUUAAGUCUAUGUUUCGUAUGACUAAGGAGUGCAUUCCAAAAAUGCGCCAACAAGGGUCUGGAAGUAUAAUCAAUAUGGCUUCAGUGGCCUCUUCCAUCAAAGGUGCACCUAAUAGAUUUGCAUACGGCACAUCUAAGGCUGCGGUCAUUGGUUUUACUAAAGCUAUAGCAGCUGACUAUAUUACCAAAGGCAUCCGCGUCAAUGCAGUUUGUCCUGGCACCAUCUACACAGAGUCGUUACAGUACAGAAUAGACUCAACCCCUGAUCCACAAAAAGCACUUGCUGAUUUUCUAGCUCGUCAGCCUACCGGAAGGUUUGGCAAGCCUGAGGAAGUUGCAAAUGUUGUAGUGUUUUUAGCUUCUGAUGAGUCAAGCUUUAUAACAGGUCAGUGUAUUACAGUUGACGGAGGAUGGUCAGUAUAGAACUAUGAUAAUUCUGUAGGCUUUAUUGGGUAUUUAGAAGGCAAAAAAGAAAUAGAGAGUCAAACUAUCAAAGAAAAGAAAGAACAAGUAAGCUAUAUGCUAUAACAGGCUUUUUUAAUUAUUAUUAUAUUACCUAUUAUUAUAUUCAUUUAUUAUUAUAUUACUAUUUUUUAGGGGGAAAUGGGUUGUGAAUUGACAAAUAUAUGUGUGUCAGAAAUUAGCACCUCUACAGUAUGAUGGUCGUGACAAACGAAGCAACACUUGAUACUGUAUUGUCAUCUAAUUUGAGACCUUCUUCUAUGUAUUACAUCAUGACUAUAUCUCCAUAGCUUUUGCCAUGGCUAUGAUUCCAUUGAAUGUCUCGAGUGCAGUCGGUAGGAUCUGUCCGGGAGGUAGCAGGAAGCCAUAACGUCCUGUGUCUCUUAGUUCCAGAGCAAAUGAGUAUUUGAUAUUCAGGUGCCCAUAUGUGUAGUCUUUGCUACUUCCAGAAUUCUUAUCUGAAAGAAAGGAAUAUCAAACAUUAUUUAGUUCUGCACUAAAAUUUAUGUCAUAAUUCAAUUCCGUUAAAAAAGAAAAACAAAUGAAUUUAAUUAUAAUUAAAGCUUGCAAAGAAUAUCAAAUCUGUGAUAAUGUGGUUUUGAAUAAGGUGGUUUAGUCAAGAGCAGGAGGUUGUCAUGGAAACAAGCUUUCCUGAUAAAUAUUUGCGCCAAAGGAACUUUCCAUAUUUUAGAAACUUUCUUUGGCUAAAAGAAAGAAAUACAAGAGAAAUUUAGAAAGGUUCUUUUUAGCACAUUGGUCAUCUUGCAGGGUUCUAUCUUGUAUAGCCUGCUAGCUGGCUCUUCAUUGGGUUUAUUUGGAAAUGACUGUUCUCAGAGUAUCAGGAUUACUGUGUGGAAUCUGGAAUCACAAAAAGUAAUUUCCAAGUAAACUCACUGGAGAGUCGGCUUGCAGGCUAUAUCUCAUGCCACUAUAAGAACAAUUAGUUGGAGAAGAAUAGAUUACAAAUUUUGUUUUUGAGAAAUAUCUAAUUGUCCACAUGGCAUUAUUAGACUAACAGAUAAUGUUAGAUGAUGAGCCAUAUCGGUAUGCUGUGCCAUACGUCUGGCGGAUCGCAUCUACACCAAUUUUCGACACCCUCAUCUGAAAUAAAAAACAUAAGUAACAUUGUUAUUGAGGGAUUGCAGCAUUUGUCCCACCUUUCUUUUUUUUCAUAACAAAGGAGUUAGGACAUUUUUUUUGUUGAACCCAAAGAUUGUAGUUACACGAACCAUGCCAUAUUAUUCAAAAUAUUUUUAUGGCUAUUUUAAUCUAAAAAGGUUAUCCCCAAAGGGCAUUAUAGACCCAUGUAAGUAGAUAUGAAUAAAUAAGACUUGAAAAAAAAAUCAAUAAAAACUGGUUAGGAAUCAA